AUGAAUAAAGACAUGAAGGAUACAAAAGAAAGAACGAUGUCUGGCAGUAGUACCACGCUUUACAACAAUGAAUAUAUGGAUGCCUUUAGUUCUAUCAAUGAAAGACCGGUGGAUGAUAUAUCCUUAGAAUUUUUCUAUAAACCUCAUACUAUUACACUUCUGGCGGUGUCAAUUGCGUCAGUAAUUUACACUGCGUUCGUAAGAGAUGAGUCAAGUAUUCAAGACAACAUUUGGUCAGGAAUAUGCUGUGUAGUCUUUUUCUUUUUAAUAGUAUCUGUGCUCACUUUCCCUAAUGGGCCGUUCACUCGGCCUCAUCCUGCUGUCUGGCGAAUAGUUUUUGGCAUGUCAGUACUGUACCUCCUGGCAUUGCUGUUCUUAUUAUUUCAAAGCUAUUCUACAGUUUAUGAGAUAAUGUAUUGGAUUGACCCAAAUCUGAGAAACUUCCACAUUGACAUGGACAAGGAGUAUGCAGUUAACUGCUCUGAUAUAAGCCUAUCUAAAGUAUGGUCUCACGUAGAUGUAUUUGCUUGGGGUCACUUUUUUGGGUGGCUCUUCAAAGCUAUUCUAUUCCGACACGCUGGCUUGCUGUGGGCUAUAUCUAUUAUGUGGGAAAUAACUGAAGUUGCUUUUGCACACCUCUUACCUAACUUUUUAGAGUGUUGGUGGGAUUCGGUAAUUUUAGAUGUUUUGAUGUGCAAUGGCCUAGGUAUAUGGUGUGGACUUAAAUUAUGCAAAGUCUUAGAAAUGAGAGAGUAUAAAUGGGUCAGUAUAAGAGAUAUUUCUUCAACAACUGGAAAAAUUAAGAGGGCCAUACUACAGUUUACACCUGUGACAUGGACACCGGUGCGUUGGUUGGAUCCUACAAGCACAUACAUGAGGUUUUGUGCUUUAAGUCAACUAGUUGUGUUUUGGCAAAUCUCCGAGUUGAAUACAUUUUUCUUAAAACACGUAUUUGAGAUGCCGCCAUCACAUCCACUAGUUAUAGCACGUCUUUGUCUUAUAGGAGUUAUUGUUGCACCAUCUGUAAGGCAGUAUUACACGUAUGUAACAGACCCAAAUUGCAAGCGCGUUGGUACUCAGUGCUGGGUGUAUGGAGCAAUUAUGGUUACUGAGUCAAUGUUGUGCAUCAAGAAUGGCAAGGAACUUUUUGGUCAGGCUCAAGUGUGCAAUGUUAUUGUAUGGCUAGUCAUACAAAUUCUAGUCUCAAUUGCAGUUGUGUACGGUGUAGUACUAUACCAUCGAUAUAUAGAGCCAAAUAGUGAUUCCAACACUGGCAGUCCUAAAAAAAAAGGAGAAUAA